AUGCCGGGCGACAACAUCGUCGUCGCCGUCAGGGUUCGCCCAUUUAAUGAUCGGGAAAAGGCCAGAAAAGCUGGGCUUAUUAUUGAGAUGCCGGAUGGAAAAGCGACUGGGAUACGUGACCCGAGCAACAUGUCUGAAGAGCCAAAAUGGUUCACUUUCGAUCAAUCCUACUGGUCGCACGAUGGUUUCAAAACGGAAUCCAGUGGAUAUUUAGCACCUGCCGACCCGAAAUAUGCAGAUCAGAAAAAAGUUUUCAACGAUUUGGGCAAAGGCGUUUUGGAUAAUGCUUGGAAGGGUUAUAAUUGCUCGCUAUUUGCUUAUGGACAAACCGGAAGUGGAAAGAGUUAUUCGAUGGUUGGAUAUAAGGAGAAUAAAGGAAUUGUGCCAAUUGUUUGUGAAGAACUCUUCAAACGGAUCGAGAAAAAUAAAAAAAAGGAUGAUGGUACUCAAUAUGAAGUGUUUUUCUCGAUGUUUGAGAUCUAUUGCGAGAAGGUUCGCGAUCUUCUAUCUUCAAAACCACCACCGAAAGGAGGGCUAAAAGUCCGAGAACACCCAAAAACCGGAUUCUACGUUGAAAGCCUAACGAGCAGCCCCGUCACCUCAUACAAAGAAAUCGAAGCCAAAAUCGACGAGGGGACCAAAAAUCGAACAAUUGCUGCAACGAGCAUGAAUGCUACGAGCAGCAGAGCUCACACAAUCGUCAAAAUACAGUUUAACCAGAAAACUGGGAAAGGCGGAACGACGAAGCAAUCCCAAGUGAAUUUGGUGGAUCUGGCUGGAAGUGAGCGACAACAAGACGCACAAACCGAGGGUGAUCGUUUAAAGGAAGGAAUUGUCAUCAAUCAAUCGUUAUCCACACUUGGAAGAGUUAUCAAAGCUCUUCAUGAUCAACAAAAAGCUAAGAAGAAAGUUCAGAUUCCGUACCGCGACUCUGUACUUACUUGCUUGUUGAAAAAUGCUCUUGGUGGGAAUAGUAAAACAAUUAUGAUUGCAGCCCUUUCACCAGCUGAUAUCAACUACGAAGAAACACUAUCUACCCUAAGAUUUGCUGACCGAGCAAAGUCGAUUAAGACACAGGCUGUGGUAAACGAAAGCGCAACAGAGCGUAUGAUUCGAGAACUGCGAGAAGAAAAUGCAAAACUGCAAGCUGGGAUUAAGGGUGGUGGCGGAAAUUCGGAAGAAAUCGAGAACCUACGACGCCAACUCGCUGAAAAUCAAAAGGAAAUGGCAAACCUUGAGAAAACUUGGCAACAAAAAGUGGCUGAAGAGGCUGCUAAGGCGGGAAAUGUGUCCGCUGAAAGAGCAGCCAUUCUUGAGAAGAAGAAGACCGUUUCUCAUUUAUGGAAUCUGAAUGAGGACCCUGCGCUUACGAAUGUUAUUGUCCAUUUUAUACCGGAGGGCGAAUUGACUGUCGGAAACUCUUCGGCCAAUCCCCCGGCGGCAAUUCAAUUGAAUGGAUUGUCGAUCCAGCCUCAACAUGCUAUAAUUGUUAAUAAGGGAAAUAAGAAGUUUACGUUGAAGGAGUUGGAGGGAGCUGAUAUCCUGCUCAACGGAAAGAGGAUUCAAGGGGAGACCGAAUUGAGUCAGAAUGAUAGGAUUCAUUUUGGCGGGAAUCAUUUAUAUGUUUUCUGCAAUCCUCAGAAAGGAGCGGCGAAUCAGGACAUUACUUGGGAUAUGGCACAAAAGGAAAUCGCGUCCAAUGCUGGACUUGCUAGUGGUGGAUCGAGAUCAGGAAUGAGCAAGGCGGAGCUCAUGCUCGAAGAAGAGCUCAUCGCCCUCUUCCCGGCUGUCUACAGGGCAAAUGCGAUGGCAAAGGAAUUGAAGAAGAAAGUCAACUUCGAGACCGUUUUAGUGUCGCCGGAAGCGAGAGGGCUGGAGGAUGGGCUAACGGAGAUCUGGAUCCGAGUCCACAAUACAGCUGACGAUACCCAUUUCCUGUGGGAGAAGACAAGGUUUAUGAGUCGCUACUAUGGCAUGCAAGAGAUGUAUGAGAAUAAGAUGGAUGGGGAGGAUUGGGAGUUGCCAAAGGAACGAGAUCCCUUUUAUGAACCCCCAGAUAGCGAGGUAUUUAUUGGAGGCGCUGUCGUAUAUUUACAAUCUCUGUCCUAUCUCGUGGAUUCUGAAGAAACGUAUUCGAUUGUGGAUUUUGAUGGGAAAGAGAUGGGCCAUAUCACUGUAUCGCUAGCACCUUGUUCAUCUUCAGGAAAAGAGAUUAAUGGAGCAUAUGUGGAGAAUCCAAGCACUUUGGUCGGAAAGAGCAUUGGCUUUAAGGUGAAGCUCCUAUCAGCUAGUGGAUUGCCUAAGCGACUUUAUGGGUCUUCUUGCAAAUACCGAUUUUUCAAUGAGAAAGAAGCCAUCACCCCAAAUAUCCCUGGAACAGACCCGUCAUAUAAUCACGAGAAUUUCUACGCUUAUAGAAAUGUUUCAAAGGAGCUAAUCGAUUAUUUGGCCCAUAAUAGCUUGUAUAUUCGUGUGUGGGGGACACAGAAGGCCGGGACCACUCGUAGAUCUUCUAUGUCACUUCCGAUGCCACCUAGAAAUGGAGAAACUAGGCGAAGCAAAACCAAGGGCUCGACAAAGAAAAAGUCGGGAUCAACGAAGUCGAGGAGCAACAGUGGGAGCAAGAAGAGGAAGGGAUCGAAGGAACCUAAAAGCGCUCCAAAG